AUGUGUCAAGCAGAUGCCGUAUUGGAUAAAAAUGUCGAAGAGUUUGUGAACCGUACAAUUGCGGAUGGGAGAAGAUUGGCAUUGAUCACGGUAAGGUUUCUGGUAAUUUGUUCUUAUGAGGUUUAGGGUAGAGGUGAAUAUUCGAAAUUUAAGUAAUUUGUAUUCUUGAUCAAUUUUUGUAUCGUCUGGAAUUAAAUAGGAUUCUAUGCGAUCCAGAAAGACUUUUCUCUUUGUUUUGUUGGUUAUAAUGUGGCAUAACUGGCUUUCCGGUAUUACCCAUGGUGUAUAAUUAAAAAUUUUGGGAAAUCUUGAAGUAUUUGUUGUAAUAUGACUUCGUCGGUGUUUCAAUAUUAAUUUGCCGCUUUUUCGUUACUAAUACGUUUGAAUCAAUUGCAAAUACCUAUAAAAGUCUAGUAAAUAACUUUUUUUGGAGAAAACUGCGCUUUACGCCUUUCAAAAUUGGGCUUUAGUUACAGCUUUACCCGCGUGCAGACUUGCCUCUCCUUCUUCCCAUAUUUUAGAGCCCACCCCCGCUGACUGACAUUAAGAGCGACGCGGAUAUACGCAAAGUAGUAUUCGGAAUCGAGAGAGUUUCUCGAUUCACCGCGGACGCUUUUGCGGGUGGUCUAAUAAUUUCGGGGCUUUGCGCAAAACCACUUGCUCGCGAUAUUCGAACCGCGAAAACAUAAUCCUCUUCCAUUUCAGAGUGGAGGGACAAUUGUUCCGUUGGAGAAGAAUACGGUCCGAUUCAUCGACAACUUUUCCCAAGGCACGAGAGGCUCGGCCAGUGCCGAAUACUUCCUCAGACAUGGCUACAACGUCAUCUUCUUCUAUCGAGAAAACAGUCUCAAACCAUUCUCUAGACAUGCUCCAAAUCUCUUUGACCAGUUUGUGCUGAAUGAAGAAGGAAAGCUAAUUUGUAGGUUUAAAGUUUUUUUUUUAUUGAACCUCAAUUUUAGUCACUCCGUCUCCAGAAGUCGAGAAGGCAAUUGUGGACAACAAGAAGUAUAGUAAGCAUUUGUUUUUCUGCACCUUCACUUCUGUUGAUCAAUAUCUCCAUGAGAUCGAGCUGAUCUGCAGGCAGGUCAAUCGAAUGGGACCUAGGGCCUUGAUAUAUUUGGCGGCUGCCGUCUCCGACUUCUGCAUUAAGCAGGAAGAACUGGUGAGUUAAAUUAAGAGUACGCAAUUGUUUAGGGUGACUGUAUUCUGAGGGUUAGGGCUUCUGUUGAUUAGUUGAAUUCAUCUCAUUUUAGCCAACCCACAAGAUCCAGUCAAACGAAGGAGAUCUCCAGUUACGACUAAGUGUCGUGACUAAAAUCCUGGACCGCCUGGUCACUGCUGUUGUCCCGAACUCAUUCCUUAUCUCGUUCAAGGUGAGCGUCUUCUCUUUUAGGUUGUGUUUUGUUUUGUUCACCGUUACUUUCCAUUAAAUAUUGUUUUUAUCCUUUUCCAGCUCGAAACCGACCCCGAAAAGCUCAUCCCCAAGGCAAAAAGCGCGCUGAAGAAGUACGGUCACUCUUUGGUCAUUGCGAACAUGUUGGCUAAUCGAAAAACUGACGUGACUUUUGUCCAAGCCGAUCGAAUCGAUCCCUUGAAGUUGACUGAAGACCUAGUGAAAAGAGGAAUCGAAAUUGAAGAAAAGAUCAUUGAAAAGCUCUGCGUGGAACAUGGAGAAUUCAUUAAGAGAAAGAAUGAACAGGAUGGAUCCUAUGAGUACUGUCACGAUGGAAUCGUCAAGCUUCAUUGA